AUGUCUGUCUCAAACGAUGAAUUGAUGAAGAAAUUGGAAGAGUUUAUGAUCCAACAAACACAAAACACCAAUGAAUUAAAGACCAGCACCAAUGAUCUGAAGGCGGCUGUUGAAACCCUGCAGUCCAAGAAAGCUGCGAUAGAAGAUGGAUUACAAGCACAAAGUCAGAACAAGACAUACAAACAAGGGGAGGAUCAAGACAGUGAAGACAUUUGUUUCGAAGGGGGAGAAAUUCGAGGAUCCACCAGAACACGGUCGAGGAAGGGGCCGAGGGUGGACUUUUGGCACUGA